AUGUUCGAUAUUUGUUCACGUUUUCUUUCUACAUGGGAUAGACAUCCGAAAUGUCACUUUCUUGGAAAUGACCAGAGCGAGGCGGCCCUCGUGGCAUGGCUCCAGAAACAGGGACGUGCCGACCUUCCAGACUCCCUCCUUGUCACAGCUUCAGUGCUGUUUGGUUGGGUCGACUCCCACGAUCUUAUGGCUUUCCUUGAUGUGAGCCUUAAGGAGGUCGCGAUGCAGGAGAUACUCCAGCAAGAAGAGCAUAUAAUAUUAUUUGCGGGAGGAGGACGAUGUCUGAUGCAGGACAGAAUGCUCCGAGCCCAGAUGGAAGUCUCGUUGUUUAGCAAUGCUAUUUCUAAUGCGUGCGAAGAGCUGGAGACUAGGUCUCACCCAGACGCUCACACACUUGGUCUAAAGCAGCCGGUCACAGUGAACGCUGUCGAGAACGCGGGAGCACGCUCGGCGCCUAGCUUGGUUAGAUUGGGCUGCUUCCAGCCUUCGAGUCACAUCACAGAAAAGUGCAAAGCAUGGCUCCUCGCGUCGUCGUCUUUCCAAGACACUACUACGAAAGUUGAAUCUAAUGUCAGCCGCAAAAUUGAUUUUCCACAGACUCUAGAAAUCGAAUACUCCCCGAUCUCCAAAGAUAUAUUUCUUUCCCUGCCACGUUUUCUGAAAGCUUGGGUGGAUCACAUCACAUAUCGUACAUAUGUGAACGCGUCUCUUGCAGAGAGCAAGCCCCCGUACCUCAAUAACAGGCACGGCUUCAAAGCCAAAGAGUCCAAAAGUCUGGACCAGCUUAGGUCCGAUAUUCAUAUUCUGGACCUGAAGAAGCACCGCGCACAGACAGAAGUGGAUAUGCUGUCUGAAGCCCUAUCACGCAUUGCUGAGUCCGAGGGCACCGAGUCUGAUGGUUCUUCUGGGAGUGCUGUGACGUAUGGACAUAACAAUGAUUGGUCUGAUGAUUGGUUUUCAUCUUCAUAUGCCUCUUCCAAUGUCUCUUUACUGAUGUAA